UUGUAACAGCUAUUACUUAAUUUUGAUUCUCUUUCUCUCUCUCCCUCUCUAGUUUUCUCGGCAGUUUUCUCGGAAAUCAAACAAGGAAGAAGAGAAUCUGAAGCAACCAUUCGCCCUGCUGCUGCUGCUGCAGCUACUUUCUCCGACUGAUCGAUCCUAGAGUAUGAGGCUUCCUUCACCUAGUCCCGUUGAGCCUAGGCAUCGAUUAUCUAGUCAAACCGACGAGACAAACAGGAGGAGAUCUCUGAGAAAUCGAGAUACUAAAGAUCUCGAGAAGGGUUUACAUGGCUCCUUUCAGUAUAGAAACUGGAGUGGCAAGUUCUCUACUCUGAAACUUGUGUUGAUUCUUAUUGUGCUGGGAACUGUCUAUACGCUUUACCGUUCACCAGCAGUACACAUUGCAGACCAUCCAUCCAAUAAUAACUCUAGUUUCGUAGACAGGACGAGAGAGUCAAAUGCAGUUGAUCCUCGCUACAUAUCUACAGCUGGCAUAAACUGGGACCAUAUGUCAAACGUUGUCGAGAAGUUGACUGGAAAGAGUGAAUAUCAAGGGGUUGGCUUUAUCAAUCUUAGCGAUGAUGAGAUUGAUCAGUGGAAGGAGCUGAUACCUGACUGUGACCAUAUUGCACUACACCUGGACCAUAUGGCAAAUAACAUAACUUGGGAAUCUUUAUACCCGGAAUGGAUUGAUGAGGAAGAACAAUUUGAAGUUCCCACUUGCCCUUCUCUUCCUUGGAUUCAAGUUCCUGGCAAGCCUCGGAUUGAUCUUGUCGUCGCCAAGCUUCCAUGCAACAAAGCAGGAAAGUGGUCAAGGGAUGUUGCUAGAUUACACUUGCAACUUGCAGCAGCUCGGGUCGCUGCAUCUUCUAAAGGGCUUCACGAUGUGCAUGUACUUUUGAUAACUGAUUGCUUUCCCAUUCCCAAUCUUUUUAUUGGAAAGGAGCUUGUCGCCCGUCAAGGAAAUCUAUGGCUGUACAAGCCCAACCUUCACCAGCUGAGGCAAAAGAUACAGCUGCCUGUUGGUUCCUGUGAACUUACAGUUCCUCUUACAGCUAAAGAUACUUUCUACUCAGCAAGUCCAAAGAGAGAAGCGUAUGCUACCAUAUUGCACUCCGCUAACUUUUAUGUCUGUGGAGCCAUAACAGCAGCACAGAGCAUUCGCAUGGCUGGCUCUACACGAGACCUGGUGAUACUUGUCGAUGACUCGAUAACUGAGUACCAUAGAGGUGGCCUUGCUGCCGCUGGAUGGAAGAUCUAUCCCAUUCAAAGGAUUAGGAAUCCGAAAGCCGAAGCAGAAGCAUAUAACGAAUGGAACUACAGCAAGUUUCGUCUUUGGCAAUUGACUGAGUACGACAAAAUCAUCUUCAUUGAUGCUGAUAUGCUUAUCCUUAGGAACAUUGACUUCCUGUUUGAGAUGCCUGAGAUAUCUGCUACCGGAAACAACGCUACGCUCUUCAACUCUGGUGUGAUGGUAGUUGAGCCAUCAAACUCCACAUUCCAGCUACUUAUGGACCACAUCAAUGAAAUCGUGUCGUACAAUGGAGGAGACCAAGGUUACCUUAACGAGGUAUACACGUGGUGGCAUCGGAUCCCGAAACACAUGAAUUUUCUGAAGCAUUUCUGGGAAGGUGACGAGCCUGAGAUAAAGCAGAUGAAGACACGCCUCUUUGGAACUGAUCCUCCUAUCCUAUACGUUCUCCAUUACCUCGGUAACAAACCUUGGCUAUGCUUCAGAGACUAUGACUGCAACUGGAAUGUCGACAUCCUGCAGGAGUUUGCAAGCGAUGUAGCCCACAAAACCUGGUGGAAAGUGCACGACGCCAUGCCUGAGAACUUGCAGAAAUUCUGUCUACUGAGAUCGAAACAGAAGGCGCAGCUGGAAUGGGACAGGAUGCAAGCUGAGAAAGGAAAUUACACGGAUGGACAUUGGAAAAUUAAGAUCAAAGACAAACGACUGGAGACUUGCUCCGAAAAAUUCUGCUACUGGGAAAGUAUGCUUUGGCACUGGGGUGACAAGAACUGGACUGACAAUUCUACUAACUCUUUAUCCCCACCACCAGCACUUAAAACUCCUCUCUCUUUACUGUUAUAGUCUAGUGAUGAACUUGUGAAGCUCCUGGUCCUGUCAGAGAAAUGAUCAGGGGUCAGGCAUGAAAUAAUUUUACCAAGAACCACGAGGAGAGAAUAUGUUUCGUUUCGGAGAGGUAACAUAAAAAAUUCUCACCUUGUUCAUGUAUCUCUCGACGACCUUGGGAUGCCUGUCAUGGGUUUGUUGUUCACAAAGAAAGUAUCUUUUGAGCGUCUUCUUCUCUUGUUCAACAAGUUCAUUGGAUGGGUUUUGAAGGCGUCAUCCUUGACAAGGACUGCUGCCACCGCCACACACCAACCCUGAAACAAUGGUAGGCAUAGACCAACUACUUGAUAUAGAUCAUAAUAUUACGUUGAGAUACUUGGAAUAUAUAUAGCCUGGAUGUUUCCUGUGUACGUCACCGUCUGUCAUCUCUGCGAUCAUUUGUCCAAAGCCGAGUGAUUGUUUCCCCUCCAUUGGGGGAAAACAAUGGUGGAAUCACAGCAAACAUCAGUGUGGCAGAGACUAGUGAAAGAGAAUCUUGAUACUAACUUCAUGCUUCUGCAUCUUCUAUCCUAUCACCAGUGGCUUCCCCUGCCUCUUGCAGCUGAAAAUUACCCAAAACGGCACCGUCAUGAGUCAUGACUUAGACCUAUAUCUAUAUAUAUUUGGAAAGAGAAAGAGAACGAGGGAAAAAAAAAAAAACAGAUAGAAAAAAUUUAGGGUAGAGAGAUGAGGCUACAAGACGUAGAGA